AUGACGGGCGAACUUCAUCUUGAUAAUGUCGAAGAGGACCACGUCGUCGGGCAGAUGGUGCCCGUCCAGUCCCGCCAGAGUGAUGCGGUGGAACUGGACCUUGAUCGAGCCCCUACCCCGGAAUUGACAGAAUGUGUUCGUGACAAGCCGGAUCUCAUGCGUAUCCGGUCAACGGUGUCGCACCAUGAUAUCCAAGGGGUCCCUACAAACGACAGUUCCUAUACGGAAACCAACGCAGCUCAGUAUGAGCGGUUCAGCAACCAGCGGAAGCUUGUCAUUACCAGUGUAUUGUCGCUGUGCGGGUUCCUGGCUCCUAUCUCGUCGACCACGAUCCUUGCGGCCAUCCCCGAAGUAGCAGAGACGUUCCACACGAGUGGCAGCAUCAUCAACUUGUCCAACGCUCUGUAUCUUGUCUUCAUGGGUCUGUCACCAUGUCUCUGGGGUCCGUUGUCUACCGUCUACGGGCGUCGGUGGAUUUGUGUCAUCACCGCGGCGCUCUUCUUCGCAUUCAGCAUAGGCACAGCGCUCGCUCCUAACCUGGCUUCUUACUUCAUCUUCCGCAUGCUCACCGCAUACCAAGGCACCUCGUUUCUCAUUGUCGGGACCUCCUGCCUCGGCGACAUAUACACACCCACGGCCCGCGCCACUGCUCUCGGCUGGUUUCUCUCCGGUACGCUGAUCGGGCCAGCCUUUGGCCCGUUUAUCGGUGGGAUCAUUGUCACUUAUCGUACGUGGCGCGAUAUCUUCUGGCUGCAAUCCGCACUAGGCGGCUUGGCCACGGUGCUGGUGAUUUUGUUCCUCCCUGAAACCAUCCCGGAGAAGAAAAUCGAUGAACUUCGCGAGUAUUCUAAAAGAGAACGGACAAGGACCAUCAUACACUGGACGUCGCCCUUCCGGGUUGCGUUCCUGCUGUUUUCUUACCCCAACCUCAUCAUCGCUGGCUUGGCGUCCAGCUCGCUCGUUUGGAACAUGUAUUCUCUCCUGACACCUAUCAGAUAUGUGCUCAACCCGCGGUUCCACCUCACUUCUCCCAUCCAGUCGGGCCUCUUCUACAUCGCCCCUGGAUGCGGGUAUCUGUUGGGUACCUUCUUUGGAGGCCGCUGGGCCGACCACAUUGUGAAGAAAUGGAUCCGGAAGAAGAACCGGCGGGUCCCUGAGGACAGGCUGCGAUCGUGCUAUGCCUUUAUUGGCGGUGUCAUUCCAGCCUGUAUGCUCAUUUAUGGGUGGUCCGUAGAGAAGGAGGUUGGCGGCAUCCCUCUCCCAGUCCUGGCCAUGUUUAUACAGGGAGUGUCUCAGCUGUUCUGCUUCCCAAGCCUAAACACAUACUGUCUUGACGUGAUGCAAGCAAAAGGCCGCUCCGCCGAAGUCGUGGCAGGCAACUACAUGAUAAGGUAUGUCUUUGCCGCCGCGGGCAGUGCCGUCUGUCUUCCUGCCAUCGAAGCCAUUGGCGUCGGCUGGUUCAGCGUCAUCUCAUCCGGGUUUCUGAUCGUCUCUGCUGUGGCUGUGUGGGCCACAACGGUGUGGGGCGAAGGCUGGAGACGCGCUGUUGACCAGAAGAAGAAAGAUAAAAGUAAUGCGAGGGCGAACGAGCAAGAGAAGGUGAAUGGCGGUAAAGAGGGGGUGUGA